AUGAGAUUCAAGUCGAGUAAAAACGUUAUGAACCAAAAUGAAUAUUUCCUCGAAUAUCAGGUACAAAAAAAAAUACUGAAAAUGACUGUUAAGCCGACAAUUGGUGACUGCGCUGGCGGUCAUCGGAUCGAGAAUCGGGACAAGAAUCGGGACGUGUCUAUAGUUCCUCCCGACAAUUUCCGGCCAUAUCUCACAUCAUUCCAGAGCAAUGAUAGCACCGAUUAUAUUAACGCCGUUUUUGUCGACGGUUACACCCGAUCUAAAGAAUACAUCAUAACUGAGUGGCCAAUGAAGAAGACAAUGCAAGACGUUUGGUCCCUCAUCUAUGACCACGAAUGCAAUUCUGUGAUCGUUUUGGGCAACCCUUUGCCCAGUAAUACAUACCCGAGCUUUUGGCCCAACGAGAAGGUGAAGAAGCAAAAGUACGGUCCGGUGUUUACCGUCGAAAUGGUUUCAUACAAUCACUACCCGAACAUCAAGUCGUGGAUAUUUCGCAUCAAUAAGAAAGUGGUUUCGCUCACAGAAUUGAUGGCCGGAGUGAAGGCCGAGCCCAAGACUACACAACUGUUUCAGAUCCUAUGCUGGCCUCCGGAGCAUAAGGUGCCCACUUCUACCAACGCGUUGGUGGAGCUCAUGAAUAUGGUUGAGCGCUGGCGACAGCGCAGCAAUUAUGGACCAGUAGUUGUCAUCUCGUACAAUGGUAAGGCCCGGGCGGGUGUGUACUGUGCGGCCAACGUGGCGAUGGAGCAGGUGGUACAGCACCGGGAGGUCGAUAUAUUCAACGCCGUUCGCACUGUCCGUCGACACCGACCACAACUGGUGGAGAGUGUAAGACAAUUGGCCACACAUUUGGGAUAA